ACGCCCCACCAUUCCUUCCACCACAAAUCAUAUCAACCGCCCCGUCCCCGACCCCGACCCGAUUAACCCUACCUUCCGCUCGAUUCCACUCCCCUUCCUCUCUUCUCCUUCUCCACCCGCUCGUCGGGUCCGGAGCAAGCAGCGCAGCGCACCGCACAUACACAUCAGAUCAGACCAAUGGCGGCCGCGCUGAGGAGGGCCGUGGCGCAGCGCUUCGCGGCGGCGGCGGCCCCGCGGCAGGCCUACGGGACGCCGCGCCGCUUCAUGCAGGAGCAGCGCCCGGCCUUCCGCCCCGCCGUGCCCCCGGACGUGGGAUUCAUGCCCCUGGCCGACCGGAUCCGCGACCACCUCGGCGUCUCCUUCCCGCGCAUCAACCUCGACGGCCUCGUGCCGCCCGCCCCGCCCCGCCCGCAUCCUCCCACUCCCAGGGAGGCCGCGACGGUCGUGGCCAGCCUCACGGUGGAGGAGGCCCGGAAGGUGCUGCGCGCCACGCAGAUGGAGGCGGCGCGCGCGCGGGUGCGGGCCUCCCGCGAGGGCACCGUCACCCACGCCGAGUUCCUGCGCCUCUGCUGCGACGCCGCGGGGGCCGACGACGGGCCCUCCGUCGCGCGCGCGCUCGACGAGUCCGGAUCCGUCAUCGUGCUCGGCAGGACCGUCUUCCUCAGGCCCGAAAUGGUUGUGAAAGCAAUUGAGAAGGCCAUACCCAUACCACGAGGGGUACCUGUCGGAGAGAAUGACCCUGCAAGGGAGGAGCUGAAGGCCAUGGAGGCACAGAAGGUGGACAUUGACCGCAUGGCGACGCUCCAGGUGCGGCGGGAGCUGUGGGGAGGGCUGGCCGCCCUAGCCCUCCAAACGGCCGGCUUCAUGAGGCUCACAUUCUGGGAGCUCUCCUGGGACGUCAUGGAGCCCAUCUGCUUCUUCGUGACGUCGACCUACUUCAUGGCCGGCUAUGCCUUCUUCCUCCGGACCAAGAGGGAGCCGUCGUUCGAGGGCUUCUUCCAGAGCCGUUUUGCAGUGAAGCAGAAGCGACUGAUGCAAGCCAGGGAUUUCGAUGUCCGAAGGUACAGCGAGCUCCGGCGAGCCUGCGGCCUCCCGGCGCUAUAUCCUCAGAGCCCCUGCACGUCGUCCUCCUCGCAGGAGAGCCACCACCAUUGCCAUUGUCAUUGAUGUGUGUUGUUUCGGAUUUUUUAUGCCCCAUUUGAUGUGGUUGCUGCUUCAUGUACCGUUGUGGAAUGUGGAUGCGAAGCAUACUCAUUGACGAGAUCAGAUUCAGAUUUUAAACUCGAAA